CUAAUUUUGGUAUUCAAGAACAGUUAGGGACUAAUUAGUGACUAACUUUUUUCUAACUAUAGGUUAAAGAUUUAGGGAAAAGUGAGUAAAAUUUGAGUGCGCAAUCGCGAGCACUAAUCUAACCCUAACUGUCAUUUUGCUGUUGUCUUAAUUCGUUUUUUAUAGAUUUGCUAUCAUAAAUUCCGAAGAAAGCAGUUGUGAUUACUCGCGUUUAUUAGAUUAUCAUUGUUAGUUGUGUUGUUUUUAUAAAUUUGAUUGUUAGUUAUUAGUUACGAUUAUUAUAGUUUUGAUUAUUACUUAUUCUUUCGUUAUAAAUUCAUUCUUUACAUCUAUCAAAAUGGAUAAUAGAAUAGAAUUAUUAUUAGUAGAAUUUAUUGAACACGCUGAAGAUGUUUUUUGCCAUGAUCGUGCACCAAGAAUAAUUUUAAGAGAUGUCGGAAAUCCUUUGGAGUCCUACCGCCAAAAAGAGUUGAUACAACGUUUUCGGUUUGGUCGUGACAUAAUCCAAAAUAUAUUAUUACCAUUGGUUUACCCAAGAGACGUUGCUACAACAAAUCGUGGCUUGCCAAUUCCACCCAUCAUAAAACUUUGUACCGCUCUUCGGUUUUAUGCAAGUGGAAGUUAUCAGAGGAUAUGUGGGGAUUUAGCGCACAUCAGCCAGACAUCCACUUGCCGAAUAAUAAAUGAGGUGUCGGAAUUACUGGCAAGAAAUAUUGGAAAAUAUGUGAAUUUUCCAAGCAGUGAAGCCGAAAAAACCAACCUACGACGAAAAUUUUUCGAAAUUGGAGGUUUUCCUGGAGUUGUAGGGUGUGUUGACGGGACUCACANUUCCAAGCAGUGA